ACUGUCACCCCAGGGAGGGGGAAGGGGAUCCAAUGUAGCACCGCCAGCACCCGGGCCUCCUCCUCCCCCCACACUCAGGUAUAAAUACCCCGGGGCAGGCCUGACCUAGACCACCUGCCAGUGUUCUCCUCCCAGAACUUCUGAGCCCUCCGGAGCUGCCACAACCCCGGCCACCAUGUGCGACGAGGACGAGGUCACCGCACUGGUCUGCGACAACGGCUCCGGGCUGGUGAAGGCCGGCUUCGCCGGGGACGAUGCGCCCAGGGCAGUGUUUCCCUCCAUCGUGGGUCGGCCCCGCCACCAGGGCGUCAUGGUGGGCAUGGGCCAGAAGGACGCCUACGUGGGCGACGAGGCGCAGAGCAAGCGGGGCAUCCUGACGCUCAAGUACCCCAUCGAGCACGGCAUCAUCACCAACUGGGACGACAUGGAGAAGAUCUGGCACCACACCUUCUACAACGAGCUGCGCGUGGCCCCCGAGGAGCACCCCACGCUGCUCACCGAGGCCCCGCUCAACCCCAAGGCCAACCGCGAGAAGAUGACGCAGAUCAUGUUCGAGACCUUCAACGUGCCGGCCAUGUACGUGGCCAUCCAGGCCGUGCUCUCCCUCUACGCCUCCGGCAGAACCACGGGGAUCGUGCUGGACUCCGGAGACGGCGUGACGCACAACGUGCCCAUCUAUGAGGGCUACGCCCUGCCCCACGCCAUCCAGCGCUUGGACCUGGCGGGCAGAGACCUCACCGACUACCUGAUGAAGAUCCUCACCGAGCGGGGCUACUCCUUCGUCACCACCGCCGAGCGGGAGAUCGUGAGGGACAUCAAGGAGAAGCUGGGCUACGUCGCCCUGGACUUCGAGAACGAGAUGGCCACGGCCGCGUCAUCUUCAUCUCUGGAGAAAAGCUAUGAGCUGCCGGACGGGCAGGUCAUCACCAUCGGCAACGAGCGCUUCCGCUGCCCCGAGACCCUCUUCCAGCCCUCCUUCAUAGGCAUGGAGUCUGCGGGGAUCCACGAGACCACGUACAACUCCAUCAUGAAGUGCGACAUCGACAUCCGCAAGGACCUCUACGCCAACAACGUCUUGUCCGGGGGCACCACCAUGUACCCAGGCAUCGCCGACCGCAUGCAGAAGGAGAUCACUGCGCUGGCCCCGAGCACCAUGAAGAUCAAGAUCAUUGCGCCCCCGGAGCGCAAGUACUCCGUCUGGAUCGGGGGCUCCAUCCUGGCCUCCCUCUCCACCUUCCAGCAGAUGUGGAUCACCAAGCAGGAGUACGACGAGGCGGGCCCCUCCAUCGUGCACAGGAAGUGCUUCUGAGCUGCCGCCAGCCUGCCGCCUCUUCUGCCCUCCUGGGUCCUUCCCUUUCCCGAAGCCCCCUCUGGCCCAGGGAGGCCCCUCCUCCUCCUCCUCCUCCUCCCCCUCCCCCUCCUCCUGGGGGUGGGGGAAAGCACGUGACCUUUCCGGGGAAAGAGAAACCGCAGAUUCUGAGUAUCCCAAUAAAGCGCUGGAAAGGA